AUGGCGGUCCCGUCUGAAGGAUGGUUGAGUUUACGUUGGUUUUUGCAAGGGGCUGGCAUCUUAACUGUGCCAUUAAUUCACCAAUUGGUGCGAGUGUCAGACCCAGUUAUAGCUGAUGUAGUAUAUAAUUAUUUAUUGGUGAUUUCUGUGGCGUACAUAAUGGUGAAUUAUGCUGUUUUAUUUGUGUUCCACCGGCGGAAAUGCUAUAGACAGAUUGCCGCUCAAGCAUGCUUCAUCGGGAUCGUAUUUGGGAUUGGUCUCUCAUUCUCUCUACUGCAUCCACGCAUCGUUGCCUUCGGCUGCUACCUGUGUGUCCUCGGUUUCUUUCAUUUCUCGGAGUACUUUUCAACGUCCAUCUACAACUACGAGAGUCUGUCCAUCGACUCGUUUCUCCUAAAUCACAGUGUUGCUUACGCUGCCGCGGCAAUGUGCAGCUGGUGCGAGUAUUUCUUAGAGUUGUAUUUUUUCCCAGAUAUCAAGAGUGUGUGGUAUAUUAGCGUCUUUGGUUUGAUACUAUGUAUCUUUGGUGAAUGCCUUCGGAAAGUUUCCAUGUUAACAGCCGGAAGGAGUUUUAAUCAUUAUAUCCAAACGACGCGAGCUAGUGACCAUGUUCUGGUCACCCAUGGUGUUUAUGCAUGGUCCAGACAUCCGUCCUAUGUCGGCUGGUUCUACUGGAGCCUAGGAACGCAGAUUAUCUUGUGCAACCCCAUCUGUCUUGUUGCCUACACGGUCACAUCUUGGAGAUUCUUCAAUGAGCGGGUCGAGGACGAGGAGAUAACCCUUCUUAAUUUUUUCGGUGAGGACUACUUGAACUACCAGCAGAGAGUAGGCACAAAGCUGCCGUUCAUCUCCGGCUUUAAGAUGGAACUUUGACCUUUCGGACCGUCGAGUCCUACGUAUAUUUUCUCUAAUGUGUGUUGGGACAAGUGUAUGUUCAAAGUAUAGAAGUGUUUCCCCCUCCAGGGAAAAAAAAAAAAAAAUAAAAAAAAAAAUAGAAGUGUUUCCAAACAUCACACAAAGCCCAAGCAGAGGUUUAGCAAAAA